AUGUCCACCCUUCUCAAUCCGAACGACAGAACUGGCUAUAAGGCCACUGAAAAUGAGGAGGCCGAGUACUUCUACGAGGACGAAGAGUGGAACAUAUCACGAACUACCAAAAAGUUGCUUAUCGCAUGUGGUGUCGUGCUUAGUGUAGCCAUCAUAUACUUAUUUUGCUUCAUUUUGCCCAAUAUGUUUAUCCCCAAGCUGGUAAACCUUGUGGGAAUCAGCAAGGUCCAGGAUUUGGCGGUAAGCUUGAUUCCUGUGUCUCUGGACGUUGUGGAAACUUGGAAUGUUGGAGCAUGGGAUAAUUUGGAAUAUGACGAGGAGGAACAAACAGAACAAACAGAACAAACAGAACAAACAGAACAAACAGAGCAGGAAACUUCAGAACUCUCUGAUGAAAUGUUUGCUGACUCCAAGAAGACAGUGAAACAGAGAUUGAUCAUUAUUGGAGAUAUCCAUGGCCAAUAUAUUCAAUUACGCAAAUUGCUCAGAAAGGUGGGAUUCAACAAGAAGACAGACCAUGUUCUUGUAUUGGGAGACUUCAUAGCUAAGGGUCCAGACUCCAUGAAGGUCCUUGAAUACCUUAUCGAGAACCAAAUGGAUUGUAUUUUGGGUAAUCAUGAAUACUACGCAUUGCAGAACUACGCUCAGUUCCAUGGAUUGCAGAGUCCGUACUUUGUUGCACAGAACUCCUCCAAUGCACUCCGAAACCCCGACUUAUCGAGUAAGAGCUCGCAGAUGUCGAACAGUGGGUUCAAUGAAGACCCAGAAUACCUUUUGGCCAAGAAGUUGCAGCCACACCACAUCGAGUAUAUCAAUCUGUGUGGAGUGAUCAAGAAGUUAGGCAAGGUUCCUUUGCAUGCAUCCAAGAAUGAUGGCGGUCGCAAUUUUGCUUCAGGAUUGGCUGUCCAUGCUGGCUUAAGAUGGGAUUUGACAGCUGAUCUUAAUGAGCAAGACCCCAACGACUGUUUGGAGAUGAGAUCUUACUUGGAACCAUUCUACAAUGAGACGACCGACGAUCCACGUGCAGAAAGGGCAGUUUCAUGGUCGAAGGUAUGGAACGCAGUGAACAAGAACAAGACUGUGGACCACCAAUAUGUGGUGUACUAUGGACAUGAUGCCCACCGCGGACUCAAUUUGAAGAAAUGGGCCAAAGGUUUGGAUAAUGGAUGUGUUCGUGGUGACUACCUAGCUGCAAUGGUGUUGUGGCAAGAGGAGACGAAGAGGGGAGUUUUGUACAAGGAGCAAUCUGUGAGAGUAAGUUGUUAA